AUGGGAUCAUCCACACUGGGGAAGGCAGCGUCUCUUGAUGCUCUUUUAAAUGAAUGCAUUCAUGGAUUUGAUGACAGUGGUGACCUGCAGGGUAACCCCCUCCCACGCAUUGUGCUGCUGAUGCACCGUUGGACCUCCUGACGGUCUGGAUACUUGGUUGUGAGGUGUAGUAGGCCCUAUACUAGCGAAGAGGCUUUCUCCUAGCAACCCUUCCAAAUAAGCCAUACUUGUUCAAUCUUUUUGUUAAUGCACUGUUGUGAACUCUAAUAUUCAUCAUGCUGAGUGAGGCCUGCACAGUUUGAAAUUAGUUCUCAUGCUUUUGCAGUUUCUCUGAGUAGUGCAAUUUGACCUUGCUGGUAUGGUCCUGGAAAAAAUGAUGGGUAACAGUAAAUGGACUAGUUCUUAUAUAGCGCUUUUCUACUCUAUCUGAGAACUAGAAGCACUUAAUACAACUUGCCUCAUUAACCCAUCCAUAUCAGCACUUUCCCCACGUGCUCUUUCUACUGAAGUGCGUUCCAUCUAAUGGUCACGCACAUUCACACUCUGAUGGAUGCAUUACCGAGCAACUUAAGGUUAGUAUCUCGCCAAUGGAUAUUUGGCAUCCAGAUUGGAGCAGCCAAGGAACAAACCACCAACCUUCCGAUUAGUAAAUGACCUGUUCUACCUGCUGAGCUACAGGAAUGGAUGUCUGGAAUGUUUUCUAAUUGUUAAAAAUCUUUCUUACUGACUUAAAUAUGCCAUGUUACAUAAAACCUUAGGACUUAAAGAAGGUAUACUUUAACAUGACUUUGUGGAGUCAUCACCUCUUUAUCUAUGUGCAGGAAAGGUCUGUAAUGGAAUAAUAAGUAAUAUAUUACACAUUACUCCCUUACUGUUUUUUGAAGCAAUGCAUUACUUUUCUCCUUGUACAAAGUAGUUUGUUAAAUUACAGUUAUGUUACUUUGCAACAUGGCCUGUUUAGUUGGUAGGCAACAAUAUAACACCAAACUCACUGUACAAAUCUCUAUGCUAACAAGGACAUGCACAAAAUCUUUCUUUCAGUAGUCUAUUUAAGUACUACCCCAAAGCUAACUGACAGCAAAGUGGGUAAAAACAGCCCAUAGAGCACUUCACAGAAAAAAAUGUUGUGAUGAUGGUGAUUGGACCCUAAGAAGGAGUUUGAGCAGAAAUGCACAAUCCUACAAGCUUCUUCAGUUCUACUUUAAACCUCCCUAAAUAUUGGCACACUCCCCUUUAGCAACACUCUGUCUCUGGCUGUUAGCUUUAAUGUCAUGUUUACAGUAAAGCAUUUUCACAAUGAGUACCACCUCAUAAAAUAUAUGGCUCUUAAAGUAUCACCCUUAUGACUGAAAUUAGUAGUACUAAUGUCCUGGGUCGGUGACCCAGUGUUUUCUGUUUGGUAUUAUUAAUCUUUGAUUUCUUGAUGUGUCUUUGUUAGUUUUGGUUCUGUGUUCCCACUGUUCUGUGUUAGUAUUGUGCCUCUGAGUUUAGUCUGUGGAUUUCCUGUUUUACUCUGAAGGUCUUGUCUCAUGUUAGUGUAUUCUGCUUUACUUCCUUGUCUUGUCUUGCCCAAUUAGUUCUAGCUGUGUUGCUAUCUGUUCCUUGUUCCCUCAUGUUCAUGCUGUGUAUAUAUAUUGUGUGUUUGCCUUUGCUCGUCGUUGCUCUGUAUGUGUUACUUGGUGUAUCUCUGCCCUACAGUCUCUGUGUCAUCUCUGCUCAUCACUCUGUGUCCUAAUGGUUUCAGGUUAGUUGGUUAGUUUUUCCCAGGUUUUUUAGGUUUUGGUAGCUCCUCCGUUCCUGUUUUUGCCACUUUGCCACUUCUGUAAAUAAAGCUCACUAGCAUCACAGCCUACGCCUGCAUCUUGGGUCCUUACUCUCACACGCCACACGACUGCGCUGAGCUACUUGGUGUUUGCCUUUUGCAUUCCUAAUCCAAGUCGAUAAGGUGUCAAGGAGAAGGCUGAUGGCAACUGGAUGAGAUGUCGUGCAUAAUCUAUUAGAGGCAAAGCUUGAGGGCAGCAUGGUGACAUGAUGGUUAGCACUGUUACCUUGAAGCAGCAAAGUUUUGGGUUUACAAAAUCACAUGGUCCAGAGUGUAACACACACACUUCAUCUCACAAAUACACGCCAUUUCAAAAUCACAUGGUGAUUCUGUGCUUUUGUAUUCAAACCAAUUCCUUGUUCUGUUGAUUUGCUGUUUUUCUUUUUUUUUUUUUUAAAUCUUGAAAAAUGUCCUUAACUUAAGCCCACGUACCGUAACUGCAGUGGUGACAACUGCCAAAGAACCAGGCUGAACAUUUGUUAUUUAAUGAGGUACUGGAUAGUGACAUUUCCUGCAGAGUUCAACCUGGACUUGGGUCUGAUUAGAAUAACAGAGGAGUUCAGAGACGUGGCAGCUCAGCUUGACUGUGAGGAGCAUUUCAAAUUCAUCGACAUCUCAACCAUUCCAUCGUACGACUGGAUGAGAAAAAUUACCCAGCGGAAAAAGCAAACCAAAAAAGGGAAGGCCUCCCUGUUGUUUGACCACCUGGAACCCAUAGAGCUGGCUGAGCAUCUCACCUUCCUGGAAUUCAAAUCCAUCCGAAGGAUAUCAUUCACUGAUUAUCAGAGCUAUGUGAUCCAUGGCUGUUUGGUGGACAACCUGACUCUGGAGCGCUCCAUUGCUUUGUUCAACGGCGUUUCACAAUGGGUGCAGCUGAUGGUUCUCAGCAAACUCACACCUCAGACCCGUGCAGAGGUCAUCACAAAAUACAUCCAUGUGGCACAGAAACUCCUGCACCUGCAGAACUUCAACACUUUGAUGGCGGUGGUGGGGGGCCUGAGUCAUAGUUCCAUUUCUCGCCUAAAGGAGACUCACUUAUAUUUGGCUCCUGAAGUGGUCAAGAUCUGGAAUGAGAUGACAGAGCUGGUCUCUUCCAACAACAAUUACUCUUGCUACCGAAAAGCCUUCAAUGAGUGCCAGGGAUUUAAGAUCCCAAUACUGGGUGUGCACCUAAAGGACUUGAUUGCAGUGCAUGUGGUCUUUCCUGACUGGAUUGGUGAUGGUAAAAAGGUGAACCUCGUGAAGAUGCAUCAGCUUUACAUGACCUUCAAUGAGCUGGUGUCCUUGCAGAGUGCAGUGGCCCAAGUUGAACCCAACAUGGACCUCAUCUACCUACUAACGCUUUCGUUAGAUCUGUAUUACACUGAGGAUGAGAUUUAUGAACUGUCAUUGCUAAGGGAACCCCGUAACUCUAAAUUGCCUACCUCUCCAACAACUCCCAACAAGCCAUUGGCCCCACUGGACUGGGCAUCUGGUGUUGCUACCAAACCAGACCCCUGUCUGGUCAAUAAACAUAUCAGGAAGGUAGUGGAUUCUGUGUUCAGGAAUUAUGACCAUGACCGGGAUGGAUACAUUUCUCAAGAAGACUUUGAGAGCAUUGCAGCUAACUUCCCCUUCCUGGACUCUUUCUGCGUUUUGGAUAAAGAUCAAGAUGGAUUGAUCAGUAAAGAUGAGAUGAUAGCAUAUUUCCUUCGGGCUAACCCACUGCUGCAGUGUAAGAUGGGACCAGGAUUUGUCCAUAACUUUCAGGAGAUGACAUACCUGAAGCCCACGUUCUGCGAACAUUGUGCUGGAUUUCUCUGGGGGAUCAUCAAACAGGGGUACAAAUGCAAAGACUGUGGUGUUAACUGUCAUAAACAAUGCCGUGAGCUGCUGGUUCUGGCCUGUAGGAAGCUGAUUCGCUCUGGCUCUCUGGGCAGUGUUUCUCCAGUCAGAGGAACUCACAGCUCACUGCCCAGCAGCCCCACAUUGCCUGCCUGUCAAGAUGAGGACGAGGUGUUUGAGUUCCCCGCUGUCACACCAGCAGUUCCAGCUCUCGACACUCAGUCCAUCACCCUGAUGACGGGCUCAGCCCAGAGAAUCUCUGUGCGCCUGCAGAGAGCCACCACAAGCCAGGCUACGCAGACUGAACCACUGUGGCCUGAACAUGCCUGGGAAGUGGCAGACAGUGGUGCUCACACCUUCCCCAAAAUGAAAUACAGAACUCACAGGAAAAUGUUUAAAAACAAGGGUUUCGCCUGCUGGGAAAACCAGAGUGGCAGGCAGUACCAGAACAGCUGACUUGGUUACAGUGGCGAGAACCGCUCGUGGAGAUCCAGAAAGCCCCUAGUUGCUAAGACCAGGAGGUUCUUCUCUCAGGGGGAUGUUCUUGGCUUUCUAAGGUCCCCCUUCAAAAACAUGGAGUCAUCAUGUCCUCUCUAGACUUCAGCAUGACACAGACAGAGCGACAUGGAGCUGAAGUCAGGGAGAAGAUCUUUAUAACAUACAGUGUGUUAGCUCCGGGCAGAAAGACACAAAGAUGAAGGUUUUUCCUUAUGGAUUGUUGGCCAGUUGCUUCACAACAUCAAGCUUUCAAAUGGAGCUCAGGAAGAAUGUGAACAGAAAUGAUCUGGUGAUGGAUUUAAUAAAGAGAUGCAACAUCAAGGUCCUGAUGUCACAUGAUCAUAGCAAGGGGAAUUUUUUUGAUGUUUGUAUGUGUAGAUGGAAAUAAAAGGAAACAGAACCUGAAUGUAAAGGGAAACCAACAGAACAUCUAGCACAAAGACCCAUGAAAUAGCAUUUCUAUAGUGACAGCUGCAGAGCGGUCCACCUUAAUUUUAUCUUGCAGGGUUUUUUUCAGCAAAAAAAAUGCAGACAACCUCUAUCAUUCUGUUGUGAUCUCUCUCUCUCCCAUCAUUGAUCUCUUAUCAAUGAUGAUAAAAGCAUUUUUUACAAAUGCUGUACACCAUCAAGUGUGGAAGGUUUCACAAGUAUGCGUUGUGAUUUGUGUUUUCCUAUUUUUCUGUGUCAAAACAAAUAAAAAGUACAUAUUUAUGUAA